AUGACACAGUCAGAUCAAAUAGACACUCUUGCAAGCGCUCUAGUUGCUCGGUUUUUGCGGACCAACGCAUUCACUGAUACAUUGCGGGCUUUUAUACGCGAGGCUGGCCUGCCCCCGGGCGUGGGGCAGACAUCUGGCGAUGACACUCAUAACAUGACGAUCCAGAGCUUGUUGGUGGAGAAGAGAGCUUAUGACGAAACUGUGAAUUUUGAGCGGCUGGGAAAUGGCAAUCAAGAAAUUGUGUCCUGGAGGACUCCUGCGCCAUGCAAGCCGAUCGUCAUUGCAACUCCCACAUCUGCGAACUUGCUCGCUGCGUCAAUUGAGCUCUGGCAAGAUCCACGUUGGAGUGAAGAGACAAGCGGCGACUCCGGACAUGUCUCAUCGAAUGGAGCACGACCAUUGCUCAUCUCCACGGGUGCAGAUAGGCAGAUGCAUCUUCUCGAUAUCGAGCCAGAGAACAAGCACGUCACUUCCUUCUCCGGUCUAUCAGAUUCUCCAGUCUUGUCCUUUGUGCCCAUUCUUCAUGGUCGUUUCAUCCUCAUGACCAACAUGUCGGGGCAUCUGCUCCUCCAGCGGGGUUCGGAGAUCGCUUGUAGUAGAAAGGAUCAUGCCAAAUAUGCCGUGAAGGUGGUUGUGCAUGAGGAAAUUGACCACUCAAGUGCCUCGACGAUACUAUGGAUUGCCACAGCUGGCUGGGACGCGACAGUCUUCUUGUACCGGGUAGUCAUCCGACCUGAAGAUGGAGACGCAACACCGAACAUUCGCGAUCCUGUCGCGCGUAUAAAUCUGGCAUCAAAUCCGGAAUCAUUGCUAUUUGUCCGUCACGUCGACUCUGGAGAGCUACUCCUAUUGGUCUCGCGUCGUGAUUCCAGCUACAUCCAUUACUACCAGGUGCAGCCAACACCAGAGCCGAGCUCCCAGUCGUCGCAGAAUGACAGCAACCAGAGCUCGACACCGAAAGGCACAACUGAAUGCCGUUUACUCGGAAAGCAAAAUCUUGCACCUCAUUCCAAUGCAUGGGUCGCUUUUUCUCCGUCGCACAUGGCACUUAGCCCGCUGGAUCCGGGUCUUCUUGCCGUGGCCACGUCUUCAGAGCCACACAUGAAAGUGAUUAUAGUUCGACUGCUGUUCCCAUCAGCGCCCAGUUCUGGAAAUGCUACGAGUUCUACGACAGAAGCUGCCGUGACCCAAGCUUCACAGGCUCUUGAGGCACUCGCUCUACAGAAUCGGGAAGAUGCCGCGAUCUUGAUUCAAGCCAAUACGUUCGCGCCCCAGACAUCAUAUUCGACGCCGCAGGUUGCUUGGCGCCCGGACGGCUCGGGAGUAUGGGUGAAUGGUGAUGAUGGCGUGGUUAGAGGCAUUGAGAUCAAGACUGGCAAGGUGGUCGCAACACUCAAGCAGGGUCAUGAGCCUGGGUUCAAGGUGCGCACGAUCUGGGCUGGGUUUGUUGAUGUCCCUGGCGAGACAGGACGCAAAAGGGAAGAAUGGCUGGUGAGCGGUGGAUUUGACAAGAAAUUGAUUAUCUGGAAGAUUUGA